AUGUAUCUGGACGGGCUGGCCAGCGGCGGCGGGGUCCAAAGAGACAAUGUGACAGAGUUGGGGUACCGACGUUCUCGUGCAGAGACAUCCGAGGAAUUUGCCUCGUGCGGAGAGUCGCAUGCGGCUGGCCGCAAACAGCAGGACACGAUAUCCGCUGGCGCCGUGUCCAGCGCCGAAAAAGGGUAUUCCGUGAGAUACUGCGGCUCGUCUUGCUCGCGUUCCACCUCCGCCUCCGCGUCAUCUUUUGACGCAGGACGGUGCGAAGACGGCGCAGCAACGCAAGGCAAAGCUGGUAGCGUAGACCUUGAGCUCAGGCACUCUGUAGGCGCCGUUGCCGCAAGCCCGCCUCGAGGUGCCUCAGUCCGCGCACUGGCGGCGACAAUCGACACUAAAGCCUUUCCCCUGACAGAAGUGCCUUCGUAUACCUCCUCUUUUGAUUCCGCUGCGGACGCGGGCCGCUUGUGUGCGGCAAGCCUUGACGACGGCGUCCAACUUCCCGCCACGGGUGCGCGAAGCUUUGCCCUGGACUUCGCAGGCUUGCGGGUCGGGGUUAGCGAAUCAGCAGAGGCGACGGCAGAACGCCCGCGGCAACCCGCGGUGCACCUCAAGAAGGGGACAGUGUCCCCGGUAUCGAGAGGAAGCACGUGCUCCCCUCAUCGCGAAAGACUGCCCGCUACCUCUCAAGCUGACCUCGGAGCUCCGUGCCUAACCCAGAGACCUCCCUGGGUUAAACCUGGAGCGUCCCCCCGUGACACCUACGCCGUUCCAUCUGAAGCCACGGAACUCAGCGGGGGAGAUUCUCAGCAAUGUGAGUCUGACGCCAUCUCUUCGCAGCCUUCUGCUCCCUUAACAGGCUUGCGUGGGCGCAUGAGACCACCGCGGUCUAGCCCUAUCAUGUCACGUAAUCCUACGAGGGCCCUCGACCGCGAUGCCGCGGAAGACAGCCAGACGAACGGGGAGGGGCCGGGCGAAGGGGGGGGGGGCCGGGCGAAGGGGGGGGGGGGUCGCCAGCUGCAUGAGACCCAUGGACAGCAUCCAUGGUCUCAACUUCAGUUCCUUUGGAUGUCGCUGUUGACGCCGCACCCUGUUCCGCCGUCCGCCUGGCGCCCCCACGAGAGCAAAUCUGGCGAUGUAAGAGCCCGUGCGUCUGCCCCAGGGAAUCCCGGACAGCAUUUUUCCUCUUCGCUGCACGAUUGCGUCUACGACCUGGCGGCGGCUCGCAUUCAGCAUUUCCCGCCACUCACAGCUCCUAUUUCCGUCCCUUCGCAACUAUCCGUGGAGAACGUUCCCUCCUCAAGCUGCAGCACUGAAGGAUGCGUCCCGCGUACCUCGUGCAAAGCUACGGUGGCUGGUGCAUCGGUAGAGCCUAGCCUCGUCGAUCAGCUCACCCAGAGCAGCAGUUCGUCACGUCGUCAUGGCGAGGAAUCCCGUUGCUCCGAGGCUGAACCACCCAGCUGUCUGCCUGCCAGGUCACCCGCGGAGGCGCUUUGUUUCAAGGAUGAAACAAAGCAGAUUAAGCCCGAACAGAAGCCGUGUGCCAACGGCCGAGGCGGCGGCCACAUUUGCACCGUGGGUCCACCGUACUCGACGUCGUCCGCCGGUGAUGCGCCGCGACACGAGGUUGCCAGCAAUGUGAGAGGCUCGCGUUCCUCCCUCGUUGCGGACGCGUCAGAGGCUGAAGAAACACGCGCUCGCCGCCUUCGUUUACAGCUACCGGUGCCUUCUGCGCACGUUGGUGACGAUCCUGAAGGAGGCGCGGAUCCUGCUGCGGAGCCGAGCUCCGCCUCGUCCCCGCCUGCGUCUUCAGCGGAGACGGACAGCCGCCUCUGGCAGCUGGGAUGCUACUCGACGCCCUGUUCAUCACGCUGGAGCAAAGCGGAUGAAUGCUUGUUUCGCGUGGACAGGUCUUGCGCGUCGAUUCUGCUUGGAUCGUCCCAGGAAGCAAGAUUUCUCGAGGUGGGGGCGCUGUCUCCGGUGUCGCAGCACAGUCUCGCGCCAGGAAAUGUCUUCCUCCCUUGGGAAAACGGCGACGACAAUGGAAAAGCAGCCUUCGAAUCGUGUCAAGCGGGGACGGCAGGCGGUGGAGUUUUGACAGGAAAAGAUGGGGGACUCGAUUUUAGGGAAAAGAACGAGACAGCAUGCGCAGACGGACACACCUACGCGUUUUCCUCACCAUCAUGCGUUCUCCGAGAGCACAUGUUAUCUCCCACCUCAUCGCCCAGUCUGGGCAGAAGUGGCGAUCUUGGAUUUUCGAGAAUGUUCUCUCAUCCUUCUGCCCUCACACCUGUCUUCGACUCAGUGUGCGCCUGGAGCAAAGAUGCUUCGUUGUUGGGCGCCAUCUCUUGCUGCGCGCCGCGCCCUGAGUCCUGUCAUUCUUCGCGAGUCUCUGAUGCUGCUUCUGUCUCCUGUCUGCGAACACCUGAUGUGUCUUCGCCGUCCCUGUCGCGAUGGAGCCUGAACCUGCCAUCAUGCUUGGGUCACCCGACCGCCCCCCGGCCUGACAGCAGUCAGAAGCUCUGCAGCCAGCUGCGGAGCUUCGGAAGUCUAUCAGAUCCUGAGGUCGGGGUGUAUGCCAUACCGAAGUUGCACGGCGGUGACCUUCACGCUGGCGAGCGUCCCCGCCCCAACGUGGGAUGUAUCUGCCCUUCUCCUCCGUGUCAUUUUGCUUCGUCUCCCGCGUUCGCUUCAUCUUUAGCUGAACGAAACCCCUUCCUUCCGCUUCUGAGCGCUUCCACGAGCGAAGCGGACUUUGGCCGCCCCCUCCCUCCCUCGCUUGUUCCUGUGACCGACGCGUGUGCUUUCCAUCUGUCUCAAAAGUCGUGCUGCGGCAGCACCGAAUGUUCAGCUGCGCCUUCCCCCGCUGUGUCCCUGCCGGACGACUCCGCUUGCGCGGCUUUUUCCCUGUCUUGCAACAGACGGGGUACCACGACGCCCACGUCGCUGUCAGCCCCGGAGCUGGGCGGUCAGGUGCGUGCUGCGGGUUCCUGCAGGUUCUCCGAAGGGGCCCUCAUGCAGUGGGAGGGGGAACAACGUGAAGAGGCUGGACGUCCUGCAUUAAGUCCCACGCGGUGGGCGCGCUCAGACUCAGCCGAGCGAAGGACGGAUGCUGAGCGGGGAAACGCCCUCUGCGCCGACGUACAGAAGCUACAUGGACACUGCGGACAAACAGACGACAACGCUGAGCAAGCGGUUUCGCGGCGAUCUAGUAGAUACAAUGAUUCGUCUUCUGGGGAGGAGUUAGGAGCAGAAUCGACCGCAGGGCUUGUUCUGCCUGUGGCUCACAAUUCAUGCGUCCGCAUGCCAUGCAAAACAGAGGAGGAACAUCGGCACUCCCCAAGCCCGAAUGGCGCCCGACCCUCUGAGCCAGUGGCUGCCCUUUGGGAAAGAAUGGGCUACGCGGGUGUCCAGCAUAACGCGACGCAACACAAUAACGAUGAAUCUCCGCCGACAAGCGCGCGACAACCGCGACUGGUUGCCGCCCGCGGUCCGGAGCCGAAGGCCCCACUACGUGACCCCGAGUGUGCGCGAGGCGUGGCUCACCCUGUGGAAUCACGCAGCGAUGCCCAUGCGGAGUGCUCUGCAGCGCCGAAAGGUGAAGGCGGACGGCCGGUCGCCGCGGCGGAAGAAGCGUCUAAGACGGUGGCGACACACGACGUGGCACAGUGCUGCUUGCUUCCAGAUGUGCGACAGGGAGACGUGCCUCAUGCCAUAGCCGCAGGGGAGGCUGCCAUGACGCCCGUCGUCGCCGGGCUGUUCUGCGUCGAUGGAGUAAGAAGGAGGGUAUCAGGUUUCUGCUGGUACUACCAGCUAGCGCUUGAUACAGAGACACCGGUGCUUGACGCCGUGGUUCACGGGUGCACGCGGACAAUCGACCAACCCGCGCCGCUGGGGCCCUCAACCGGGGGCUGGCAGGCUUCCAGCCAGCAGGAUGCGGACGCGUGUGUCGCGCUGGGCACGUUUGAGGCAUUUGAGCGCAACCUCGCAGUACCGAUUUUGUCGUCUGAUGACUCCUCCGAGGUCGAUGGUGAAGACUAUCGUCACAACGACGAGGCCGCAAGCCCUGACUCCGCCAAGUAUCCAUCAACGGCAGAAGAACCGGUUUCGAUUGACGCUGAUACCGAGAAGGUAGCCCAGGACUCCACACCCGCGCAAUAUGAGGUCUCGAAAAAGACUUCCUUAGGUACCCGACCUACAGCGGAUCCGUUGGAGCCCGCCCAAGCUUCCAACGAGAUCGUCGGAACUAAUUACUGCGGCCGCAGUCACCCACAACUCAAAGCCACCUCUCAGCCCAGAGUAGCGAAUAAGUCUCGCCAAUCUCCUGCUUCGGCUGCAGACCACCAGGAUGCCGCAACAGCAAGUGCAGAAAACAGAUGCAAGGAAACCUAUGCCCUCGACCCCAUCAGCCCCCCUGGCUGUGUUUCGUCGAGCUUAGACGAUUCAUCAAACAGCAUUAGAGAAACGGGCCUCUCUCAGGGCACAUCCCCUUUGGAGGUCUCCAGGCCUCGGGGCAACCCUUCACCUGAGAUCUCUAGACGGCUCGAAUCCCUGCAGCACACUGGGCACGGCCCGACACCUCCAGCAGAAGUUGACCAAAGCUCUGAUCUUUCAGCGCCCGCUUUGCCAGCGCUGAAUCAGCCGGGCUCUGCUUGCAUCAAUUCUACUCAAAGUGCGGCUAGACCCCAAAGCAUGCCCGGAGAGGAAUUUCAGUUUGAGAUCUCAUCGCGCGCGGCGCCCUCGCCUGUGAGAAAGACCUGCAAUUCACACGAAGAGGCUCUUCCUUUUGAUCCAUUAGCGUGCGUUACACAGGGCGAUACUGCUGACGUCCUGGAGCGGUGCGCCAGAUGCGUGCCGCAUUCAGAGGCGACGGAAUCAGGGCUGUUGUCAUCUCCCGCGCAAGCUGUUCUGGAGCAUCAGCUCGCAGCGGCCCAUCCGGAGCCGCAGCGAAGGUGCGGCAGCUUGCAGCCGUCAAGACGAGCUGAGGUGGCUGAGCACUGCGGUUCAGCAGAAAGGAACAGUUUUAUCCGUGGGUUGGGUGCCAGUCGUGUUCCACAGGUCGGUAGUACCAUCGAAAAGGAUAGUUCUCCAACAGAGCUCGCCCGGUGCCUUCGUGCCUCGCGAACACAACCCGCUCCAUUACCGGCGCCGUACGCUGGUUCGACGGAAAGCCUUGGACGCCCGUCGGUUGCACCGACUUCACAGCCGCGCCCCCUUUCGGCCCCUGCUGGGACCUUGAAGCCGCCGCUGUCAGCGCAGGCCAGUAGGGUUCCUGCGUUUGCGGAUCCGUGCCAAAGACCGCCUUCCUUUCUCGCGGGCGGCGACGGUGGGCAGCCCCUGGCGGCGCUGGGCUCGCCGAGGCCGGGCGGCAGGAUUGCGGAAGCUCCGUGGGUGCUGAACCGCAACCCAGGGUCCAGACACGAGGCGACGCAUCCGUGGGACUACUCACGCAGGCCGCUGCCAGCAACCCGAGUCAGGCCGGUGCGGGCCGUGUACCCCGAGGGGCUUGGUCACAGGAGACACACCGCAGAGCUCGGGUGCGCUGGAUCCUCAAGGCCGUCUCAGAGUGCGCCCGCGCUCUGCUGCCCGCCUCUGCUGAUGCCGCGUUCCUGCACCCCCGACAUGCAAUCCGCACUGUCUAGUACAGCGUACUCGGCCUCGGCAGCCUCAGCGGCGGUGCCUUCCUCUGCUUGCCGCAUGUCGCCGCCUCGCGUUUACCAUGUUGUCAUGUGCACGCGCCGAUACUGGCGAGUCGAGUGGGUCAGCCCGGAUACAGGCCGCCGAGUGUAUAAGCAUUUUGGCGAGAACAAAUACGGAGGGGGCGAGCAAGCGCGCGAGGUCGCAAUAAAGUUUUGGGACGAAGUUCGCCGGCGAUCCGUGGACGGCGUUCAGCGUGGCGAGUGGGCGGGCCUGCAAGAGGUCACGCGUAGAGUCCGCGAAGAAGGAGUGGAUAGAAUCUUGUACGAGGUCACAAGUGGAGCCGGAGGCAUCGAAACGGACAUGUCGCCGCAAAACAAUGCACCGAAAGAAACAGCGUCGCAGCUGUCUGCAGUCGUUCCUGACAACCUCGAUUGCCGCAUGCCGAGCACUGUUGAUCGUGAGAGGCCAUCAGGGGCUUACGAAUCGGCAACUCAAAUCAAGCCUGUCCUUGCAGCACCGUGGGGCCCUGGGCCUUACAAGGCGGGCGAUAAACACGAAGGGACGUCCAUCUACUCUCAAGAGGAUACGCCACACCGGCCUUCCUGCCGGCCUCCUAACAACUCCGGAGGAAGCGGCCCGUCAGGCCUUUUGGCAGAGCGGACACCGUUCGAGGGCGCCUGCCAGGGAUCCGCUGCUGGGCCGUCUACCGUACCAGCGGGCGAGCCUUCUACAGAGACCGCGCCAUCGCCUGCGUGCGCAAGUCUGCGGACAGAAACCUCCAAUUGCCUGCUCUCGGGCGAAGACACAGCCGGCCCCUACGGCAUCGCAAGGGAGCAGCAGCACUGUUCUGAGUCGCAGUCCCGCCAACCGUCUGCUCAAAGAGGCAAACGUCAGUGGGAACCAAAGCUGCAGCAGGAGCAGGGUGACCAUGACGUUGCUCAGAGCAGGCCAGCGUACACUGGACGAGGAUUAGUGAAUGCGGCCGAGGUUUCCAACGCCUGCAAGGCGGAAGCUCCUUUUUGUGGCCAGGAGGCCGCCGGUACCAAGUUACAAUCGGGCACUGCGUGGCCCCAGGGGCGCACCUGGCCCUCCGGCGGAUCCCCAGAGAGCGAGAGGGCAGUCCACUACUCACUGGCGCAGUCUGAGAGAAUGCACACCACUGCGGACCUAAGCGCAACGGGGGAGACCGGCAGCCGCUGUUCGGCGCCGCUAGUCAGGUCGGGGGGCGGCCGAACAGGAAGUGACAUGACGCGGCCUCCUGCCGUAGGGUCGUUGCUCCCCAAAGUUGAGGAAACGCAUUCUUCUCAGCAAUCGUUGAACUUUCAGGUAACGGGAUUCCGGGCGAGCAUGGAAACAGUACCCGGGUCCCCUGCAGAGACUGCGACAAACCAGGACAAGGAAGCAAGGGGACUUAAUGGCGAUCAUACGACGUCUGGUAUCCUCAGCCACAGCAAAGUGCCAGUAAAGGCUGACUCGCACAGCGUCACUGAGGAAAGCAACUUAGACAGGGACCAUGGUCGGAAGUGGCCAUUGACAAUGUCCAAACCUGGUAUUUCUGGGCGUGACUCUACACGUCAGAAGAACCCCAGCGCCGCAAGUCCCUCAAGUCUUGCGCAAGAGGCGUUUAGUGUCCUCACGAGAGAGAGCUCAGCGCAGCGCGCCGGCACGCACGCGACGUCGCACGUCGACUGGGACGUGGGUGAGAAUGACGUCCUGAACUUCUUAAACCGCCCGCCAGCAGCACUUCGGGGAAUCCCUCUUGGCACGCCCGCGGACAAGCAGCGCACCCAUGCGCAAGGCGCAAGCGACGGUGGCCCCCAAGGGAGUCCCGAGCUUGCGCUGGGAGCAAGCGGCCGCGGUGCAGAAGCCGCGAUGGAUCGCGGAGGGGAAAUGGAGGCAGGUUUUGGGUGGCACGAUGCAAAAUCUGAAGUGAAGGAGCAACCUACCUUUUGUCCGGGUCAAGACCCGGAGAGCGGGAAACCCCUGGGGGGCCGUGGCCACCUCGCUUCCCGUCUGGGAGGGAGCAUUGAGAACCGGGGAGGCUGUGAACUAUCUGCGGCCACCGAAGCGAAUGGAAUCGGCGAUGUUCCAGUGGAAUCUCCACCUCCCACUGUAAGUAGUGCAUCACGACAAACGGAGGUCAUCCCGGCGGAGCCGACACGGCGAGUGUGCGCAUAUGAUGUCGCCGGGGACGGCCCUCGUGGGUUCUUCGAGGGGGAGAAAGACUGGAUGUCUCCGUGCAUCCAAAGAAUGUCCUUUUCCCCGAAGGAUGAGCCCACAGCGGCACCAUCGCAACUCGAUUCUUCUACUGAAGAUGCGGCGAACCGAUCCCACCAGCUGAGCAUCCCGAUGAUACGGCAGAAAGAAGAACCGCGGAUGCCGGCAGCCCCUUCGAGCAGCGCCAUCCCGUCAUGCCCCUUUGAUAGCAUGUACAUGCCGGACAGUGGGCUCGCAGUCCAAAAAAACACCGGUAAGGUAGAUAGUGACGGAGUGGCGCCUGUGAGACAGAGGGGAGAGGCAAGCCAUCAAACGACGCAAGGAUCAGAGUUUGAAGGCUGUGGCGUUGGAACCGCCAUGGACGCUUCUACCGCCGGCACAUUCGGCCUGGAUGUCCCUGAUUUUCCGUGUGCUUCAGACAAAGGCGAACACCGGCCUCACAAGAUCGUCACUGAUGGUCCGGAAGACUGUGCGGAGGCUGCUACUGCAUCGCAGCAGCCACACACCUCCAAUAUUCGCUCAUAUGCGCCGGCGCCUGUAUCUGGCGCGUGCGAAUAUCUCUUCCCUUGCCCACCGCUACGCACGUCUGAUGAAGCCGACGCAUGCAAGACCCCCUCUCUCCCAGAAUCUCCGCUGACGUCUUUUCUUUCGACAGCGGCGUCUAAUUCUCGGGCGACGUCCCCGGGCAGUGCUCGCCGUCCAAACCAUGACUAUUCCCCUAUGGAUCACGCCUCUCGAAGUCGUCGCGCUGUGACUGUCCGCGAGCACCUUGGCCAAAAUCCGUUGUCCCCAGACCACGCUUUCCCUCAGCUUCAGACGGCUAUCGACACCAGCAGUAAAGGAGAGAAGUACUGCCAGUUGGGGGCGGCGGGUUCAGGGUCGUCGGCUUCAGCGUCCAUUCCCGCAUGCACUCCUGACAUCAUGCCAGCGCCCUACGAUGCGGUUCUCCCCGUUGGAUCGUUGUCUACGUGUGGCAUUUCACAGCAGCUGCGAGAUCGAGCAGGCGUGAGUCACGGCGAAGUGCCGAGCCUGCGAGGAAGCGCCCAUGAUGCUCCGACACCUCACAACGCCAUCUCAGGUGUACAGCCGGCGAUGUGUAACUCCGAUGCCACAGCUUUGCAACAUCAUCACCGCAGUGCUUCGGCGUGUGAUGGCGCCGAACCCCCUGUGACAGACAAGACGCCAGAACGACUCGAGAGCAGCCCUGCUUUUGCCAGAGCUGAUCUAGGCCGUUCCUUCGUUCAACCUAGGGAGCAAGUUCCCGCCAACCCUCUCACGGGAGCGGGCCUCACUUACAGCCGUGUGAUUAUCAAGAAUGAGAGUUUUCCGGAUCCGCAAAGUAAAAUAUGUCAAGGGGGUGGCGUGCAGGACGACGCGUCGCCCUCAUCUGACCGAAAUAGUGUUGGGCAGACCGCUCUGGUACGAGAUAAUGAUCUGAAUCUGAACCGGAAAACGCCCAACGAAUCAACGAACGCUUCUGCCAGAAGUCUGUCUGGCCUUGAAGCAGCCGAGCGCUGUUUGCAGUCAUCGCCACCGGUCCACAUGAAGACUACAAUCGGGGGUGCAGGCCUGGAUUCAUCUCGUCCCGUCAGUCUUUCUCCGCCACGUCACCUUACGCAGACCAGAUUGCCCAUCGCGGGCGCCGCGAUUAAUGGGAGUACUGUACAGGCUGAAGCGCAUAGCGCACCACGUGCAACUCCUCCUGGGGACUCAGACACGGCUAUCUCAAGGCCGUCACCGUGGCCGCAGCACCUUGCAGGACCGCCAGUGACGUCUCCGCGGUCGGCAGUACAGUUCCUAGGACACGGUGAGCAGGGGGGAAGAAAAACAGGGCAGGGAGCAGGCCCGGGACACAUCUCUCCAAAGUAUGUCCUCGGAGAGGACGACAACGCGCCGCCGUCUUCGCCCGCUGCAAUCAAGGCACCAGCGAACCCAUGGUCGCCGUGCCUGUCGCUUCCGGUAGCUUCGUGCGUUCUGCAGCUGGCUCAGCAACAGAGUCAUGCACAGCAACUUUUUGGUGCAGGGCUUUCACCGCACGCGACAGUGCGGCAAGGGCCGCCUCCGCCUACGACGUUUGCUCGUCAACACUAUCCUCCCGAUUCGGUUCCAAAACAGAGCAACCAUCAUACUACUGGGGCGAUGCCGUUUCACCAUUAUGCAUUCUCCUACCUGCGUGAUAACGGGUUUAACAAAAGCGGAACUCCGCCCGCCUCCACGCACGCACCAGCAGGCGCUGCGAAGAAAGGACACAUUCCCAUGGCGGGUCUUACUUCUCUACGCCCUUUAGUUUCGACUGCUCUGCGACAGUGUGGUCCGCUACCGUCCACACCGAAGCCACCUUUUUCCACAACCUCGUCGAGUCUUGCUAGAAAUGGCCACAGCAACGGAACGGGAAAUAUUAGGCACAGCACGCGAACACCUGGCCGGAUCUACUCUCUUCUCGUAAGGGGUGUGCGGUGCUGGAGAGCUGAAUGGCAUGAGAAGACCAGUGGCCAACGGAGAACAAGGCAGUACGCAGCUCCAAAACAUGGCGAAGAACGUGCGCGUGCAAUGUGCCUGUGGGCCCUCUGUGAAGCAAACUGCGUCCCCGCUCACUUAAUCAAAGAAGCUCAGGAACGUUUCGGCUAUGAUUCUCGCAACAGGGUGGGGAUAGACACAGGUGGAGCGAACCAGCAGGUGGUUCACCUCGACGCAUCCAAGGCAGCGUUGAACGAGGUCGGAGACAGCGACUCGCAGAAAAAGAGGAAGCGUGGUGGCCUUCAAGGACCCGACAUCUUCAUGAAAGAAAGUGAAGAACUUCUCAUGAGUGUGCCAGGUGCUGCAGAUCCAGCUAGAUGCGCCCCGGGUAACAAUCAAGGACCAGCGCAACCAUGGGCUGAGAGGCAUGGAAGAGAUCACACAGAUUGUGCAGCGUCAGGGCCCGAGAAACCCUGCGCUGCAACGGGCGCGUAUGGGGGCCAGCUCAACUUUGGGCGCACCAUUCAAAACAGAACAAUCACCGAGGGGGGGCAGGUGCACACGCCUCCUUUAUCCGGGGACAGACCACAGCCUAGCAUACGAGGGCAACCUCAACGUCUACCUGGUGGCGCUAUCCUGGAGUUUUGUCAAGCUUCUCCGCUCGUAUCAGGACCAGAGAGGCGAUCGGCGGAUCUGAACCUGGUCGGGGGCUCAUCCGCGUUCUCGAGUCCUGCGGUUCUCAACGGGCCUGCACCCGCGCACGGGCAUACUGUUCACGGCACGCAGCAUAUGCCAGAUGAGGAAUCUCAACAACUACAGGCGGAUACAGGUCCGGAUACAGGAUUUGGCAAUCCUGCGUCACCUUCGUUUGCCGAGAAUAGCGGCCUGCACGGGGAGCUGCGACGCGAAUUCCCGACUGUUGGUGGUAUACUUGAUGGGCCACCAGGAGAACCCGAAAUUCCGACCGAGCGAGAAUCAGGGAAUGCGUACACAGUUGCACUGGAAUCGGAAAACUCAACUAGUCGAGAUGAUGUCUAUCUAAGUGCAGGCAUGAAAGAAGCCACGCCGGCAGCAAAUAAAGGGCAUGAUUACCACGCAGCUGAUACAAGCAUGUGUGAUGCACCCGUGUUUGGUGAACGCCGGGUAUCAAUUUCGAGGGAUCGCUCUUGCCUCGACGGUCACGCCCGCUCAAGCGACGGGGCGUUUCCGUUACUGGAGAAGGACAGAGCUUCCCUCCAACGCCCCUCUGACGGUGCUCCGGCCCUAGAUAUUGAAUCAAGAUUGUGUCGUGUACAGCCACCUGCCUGUCUUCGCGAUAACGGCCUGGUUGGAGACCAGCCUCUCAAGAGACCCCGGCGGUUCGGCGAGGUUAUGACCGCCAAUGUGUGCCUACAGCAACGGCUGUCUUCCGGGAGCUUCACAGGUACAGCAAGAACGCCCCUCAAGAGACUACGGGCUACGUGUCAGUAA